AUGCAGACUGUCACCUUUCAUUUGAGGGUAAUUGGCAAGGUGGUUCUAGGGAUCAUAGGGGCAGCAGUCGUCGUCACAUUAAUCGCGGUACCAACCGCAAUAUUUUUGAAUGAAGAAGAUGAUGUGGUUGAUCCAAAGAGGACAUACACACUUGAGGACUAUUUCAACAACACCAUUCGUUAUAGAUCAUACAAUAUGCGCUGGAUAUCAGACAACGAGUACCUCCAUACAACCAGUGAAGGAGCAGUAGUCAUUUACCGUGUUGAACAAGAAGGAAACGCCUCAGAGUUUUUGAACAGCAAACACUUUGAUGAGGUAAAAGCAAGUAACUACUUGGUGUCUGCCGAUCGGAAGUAUGUAUGUUUUGAGAGCAAUUACACUAAGCAAUGGAGACACUCUUUCAGUGCUUCUUAUUCUAUGUUCGACAUGGGAAAUAACACAUUUAUAGAUUCCCAUAUUCCAGAAAUGGUGCAGAAUUUGGCAUGGGCUCCUACCGGAAAUAAACUGGCCUAUGUUUGGAAUUACAAUGUUUACGUAAAACAAAAUGCCACAGCAGAACCUACACAAGUGACUACCAAUGGAAAAGAAAAUGAAAUUCUCAACGGUAUCCCUGACUGGGUGUAUGAAGAGGAGAUGUUUUCAACUAAAAAUGCAAUGUGGUGGUCUCCAAGUGGGAAGUUCCUGGCCUAUGCACAGUUUGAUGACAAAUUGGUCCCCGUCAUUGAAUAUUCUUGGUAUGGAGCUGACCAGUAUCCCCAAACAGUCAUUAUUCCAUACCCCAAGGCAGGGGCGUCAAAUCCCACGGUCAAGUUGUUCGUUGCUGAUACUACAAUGACGUCACCUGUCAUGGAGGUCGUAGUGCCAAAUUCAGUAGGAAUAAAUGACCACUAUUUGAGUUCCGUCACCUGGGUUACAGAUGAACGCAUUGCAGUCCAGUGGCAGAAAAGGAAGCAGAACUAUGUCCUUUUACAGAUCUAUGACUUAGUUGGGAGCAUCUGGACUGAGGGAGCAAAUCAUGUCGAAAGGAGUGAUGGUGGAUGGGUUGGGCGAUUUUCGCCAGACUCACCUGUCUUUGCUGCGGACAACACAAGUUUUUACAAAGUGAUGAGUGACAUAAAUGGCUAUAAGCACAUCCAUUAUGUGCAUGCUGGUAAUGCCAUCCCCAUCACAUCAGGAAAGUGGGAGGUAAUCUCCAUUUCCAAACUGAUCAAAGACGCCCUAUACUAUGUCAGUAAUGAAUACCUUGGGCGGCCAGGCCAGAGAAACCUUUAUAAGAUUUCAAUAACCAGCAGUGGCCAUUCCCCACCUGAAUGCCUUACCUGUGCAGUGCGAGAGGAGAGGUGCCAGUACAACUCAGCAUACUUCAGUGAAGAAGCCUCUUUUUACCGCAUGGACUGCUACGGACCUGGACUACCUUUGUUUUUACUUUAUAACAACAGUGGCAAUCCAAGAGAGAUCCAAGUUCUUGAAGACAACAAAGGUCUGGAACAGAUUCUGUCUGAGAUUCAGAUGCCAACCAUGCGUCGUGGUACUGUCAAGCUCAACGGAUUUGACCUUUGGUACCAGAUGACUCUCCCUCCUCAUUUUGACGAGUCAAAACAAUAUCCUCUCCUAAUUGAUGUAUAUGCUGGACCCAGUAGCCAAAAGGUAAAUUACGUUUUCCAGCUGAAUUGGGCCACAUACCUUGCCAGUACAGAGAAUGUUAUUGUGGCCAGCUUCGAUGGAAGGGGCAGCGGUUUCCAAGGUGACGAAAUAAUGCACGCUAUCUACAGACAACUGGGUACAUUUGAAGUGGAAGAUCAGAUAUCAGCCACGAGAAAAUUUAUUGAUAUGAACUUUAUAGACAAAGACAGAGUAGCCAUCUGGGGUUGGUCAUAUGGUGGUUAUGUAACAUCCAUGGCAUUGGGUUCUGGGAGUGGAGUUUUCAAGUGUGGAAUGGCUGUUGCCCCAGUAUCUAAAUGGGAAUAUUAUGAUUCAAUCUAUACCGAACGUUAUAUGAACGAACCUUCUGAUAAUCUUGAAUCCUACGAGAAUUCCACAGUAACCGCUAGGGCCCCAAAUUUCAAAUCUGUUGAAUACCUUCUGGUUCAUGGCACAGCGGAUGACAAUGUUCAUUUCCAGCAAGCUGCACAAAUCUCCAGAGCUCUUGUCGAGGCAGAAGUGGACUUUGAGGCAAUGUGGUACACUGAUAAGGACCAUGGUCUGGAUGGCUCAGCCCAUCAACAUGUCUACACGCACAUGAGCCACUUCCUCCAGAAGUGCUUUGCCAAGUAGUAGUACUAACUUCUGCCUUUUCAAAUGCAUAUACCCUAUACUUACUGCC